CUCGGCCCCGGCUUUCAACAACACGCAGCUUCAGGGUGAGGUGAACUGGAAAACUAUACCCGCGCUAUGGGUCUAAAGACAGCUUCGCCUGAAAUAUGGAGACGCAUCGUGCAGUGGUCUCGGCGCGCCGAUCUUCCUAAUCUCUGCCUCGUUUGCAAGCCCCUCCAACGCGCCGCGGAAGCCAGGCUCUAUGAAUCCUUCGCGCCGAGGGAAGUGAACAAUUAUCUGCUCUUCUGCGGGACCAUCGCCACGAGCAAUCGCUUCGGCGCCCACGUACGCAGUUUUGUCGACAACCACCUCUUCCCACACGCGCCCCUGACACAGAACCAAUGGCUGACCGUCAAGGCUGCCCUGCUCAAGAUGCCUUCCCUCGAACGUCUCGUUAUCUUUCACCCGGCAGAUUGCAACGCGUGGCUGUUGGACGACGCGCUGCCCUUCCAGCUCUGGGAAGCUCGACUCGGCCUUGAGUGGGACCCGCUGUUGGUUAACUUUCUGAUCAAACAGAAGCAGCUGCGCGUUCUACAGCUCUUCGAUGGACCUUCCGCCGACCCCGGUGCGCCGGGUCUUAGCCCCGGAAGCCUUCCCCAGCUGCUCAGACUCGAGGCCCCGCUAUUCGUUGCCUCCCACGUCCUCCCCUUCACAUCGUCUCUGACUCACCUGCAAAUCGAAGUCGAUCCGCAGGCCACCAAUGGACUCGAGUCAUUUCUAUCGGACCUUGGCAGACACGCGCCUAUGCUACGCGCGCUCAAUGUCAUGCAUAUACCCGACACAAUGGCUGCUCGGUGCUUGAAGCUCAUCUCGUAUUCAUGCCCCAAUCUUCGCCAUCUCGGUGACAUCUCGUUGCCUUGUGAUACCCGCUCCGAGGUUCAUCGACAUCUGAUGUCGAUGCGACACUUACGUGUUCUUGAACUGGACGUGUCCCGGUGGUUUCCACAGCCGGUGGGUAUGAUCCAGCGACUCAUCAUUACGGAACUGCGCGCAUACUGCCCUACGUUGGAGAUCGUAUCCAUAUGGUGCGGCCACAACCAAAAUACAUGGGCCCUCGAAGGCGAUCAUUGGAGAAACAGAUCAGAGCGAGCGCAGCGCCCGCAAUUUGUAGCGUUGGGUGGCGCUCACCACCACCACCACUGAUAAGGUCUCGAUCGGGGAGGCAUACGAGCUUCCUGCCGCGGCAGAUUUUGGGUUUUCGCAGGGGCGAUGUCGAUGAUCGCCGGGGAGCAAACGAGCGCGCAUAUAGGUGGGCCCAAAAAGGCGUAGUCUUCUCCGCGUCGUUGUCCGUGAGACGCAUUGCGCGGGGGCAGACCGAGGACAAGG